AUGGCUGCUUUUGCAGUCUGUGCACAUGGCUGGCGGGGUUUUCCUUAUGGUCCGCACAUAUGGCUGUCUGGAGCUUUCCUUGUGGUCUGUGCAUGUGACUGCCUGGUGUUUGUUCUCUUGGCCCAUACUCCAAGAAGUGUGUGUUUUCUAUUUUUUCCUUUCGGCCCUUUUUUCUCCUCUCCACUUUUUUCUCAUCCCACUUUUUCUCUUUCCCCGAUUUUCUCGUUUUCUUUUUUCCCCUUUUCUAUUUUCUCCCUUUUUCUGCUUUUCUUUAUUCUCUUUUUUUCUGCUUUUCUUUAUUCUGCCUUUUUUCCGCUUUUCUCUAUUCUGCCUUUUUUUCCGCUUUUCUUUAUUCUGCCUUUUUUUUUUUUCCGCUUUUCUUUAUUCUGCCUUUUUUUUUUCCGCUUUUCUUUAUUCUGCCUUUUUUUUCCUUUUUUUUUUAUUCUGCCUUUUUUUUCCGCUUUCUUUAUUCUGCCUUUUUUUUUUUUCCGCUUUUCGUUAUUCUGCCUUUUUUUUUUUUUCCACUUUUCUUUAUUCUGCCUUUUUUUUUCCACUUUUCUUUUUUUCUGCCUUUUUUUUUUUUUUCUGCUUUUCUUUAUUCUGCCUUUUUUUCCGCUUUUCUUUAUUCUGCCUUUUUUUUUUUUUCCGCUUUUCUUUAUUCUGCCUUUUUUUUUUUUUUUUUUUUUCUUUAUUCUGCCUUUUUUCCGCUUUUCUUUAUUCUGCCUUUUUUUUUUUUUCGCUUUUCUUUAUUCUGCCUUUUUUCUGCUUUUCUUUAUUCUGCCUUUUUUUUUUUUUCUUUUCUUUAUUCUGCCUUUUUUCCUUUUCUUUAUUCUGCCUUUUUUUAUAUUUUCUUUAUUCUGCUUUUUUUUUUUCCGCUUUUCUUUAUUCUGCCUUUUUUUUUUCCGCUUUUCGUUAUUCUGCCUUUUUUUUUUUUUCCACUUUUCUUUAUUCUGCCUUUUUUUUUUCCACUUUUCUUUAUUCUGCUUUUUUUUUUUUCUGCUUUUCUUUAUUCUGCCUUUUUUUCCGCUUUUCUUUAUUCUGCCUUUUUUUUUUUUUCCACUUUUCUUUAUUCUGCCUUUUUUUCCGCUUUUCUUUAUUCUGCCUUUUUUUCCGCUUUUCUUUAUUCUGCCUUUUUUUCCGCUUUUCUUUAUUCUGCCUUUUUUUUUUCCGCUUUUCUUUAUUCUGCCUUUUUUUUUUUUCCGCUUUUCUUUAUUCUGCCUUUUUUUUCGCUUUUCUUUAUUCUGCCUUUUUUUUUUUUUUUUCUUUAUUCUGCCUUUUUUUCCGCUUUUCUUUAUUCUGCCUUUUUUUUUUUUUUUAUUCUGCCUUUUUUUUUUCCGCCUUUUUUUUUCCGCUUUUUUUUUCCGUUAUUAUUCCUUUUUUUUUUUCCGCUUUUCUUUAUUCUGCCUUUUUUUUUUUCCGCUUUUCUUUAUUCUGCCUUUUUUUUUUUUCCAAUUUUCUUUAUUCUGCCUUUUUUUUUUUCCACUUUUCUUUAUUCCGCCUUUUUUUUUCCACUUUUCUUUAUUCCGCCUUUUUUUUUCCACUUUUCUUUAUUCCGCCUUUUUUUUUCCACUUUUCUUUAUUCCGCCUUUUUUUUUCCACUUUUCUUUAUUCCGCCUUUUUUUUCCGCUUUUCUUUAUUCUCCCUUUUUUUUUCUGCUUUUCUUCCCACCAUUCCCUCUUCUCUUCUUUUCCUUUCCCAUUUUCUUUUAACACUAUGCUUUUUGAAUCAUUCAUUGAGACUUACCAGGAAUUUUUGGAUUAUGGGCUGAAUACAUUAAGAGAAAAUUUCCGGAAAGAAGGACCUCACCUUUCAACUCUGCCAGACAACAUUUUAGAAACACUUGGAAAGGAUUUUAGUUGGUGCAUGGACCAGUACACUCUCAGUUUAGGAGAAAACAUACAAGUUAUCAAAUAUUCUCAAUCCAUAAUCAAGUGCUUAAUCAUCCUAUGUCGAAAUUACGAUAACAUAUCUGUGAUUACCGAAUAUAGUUUUGUAGCAGACAUUGUCUUGCUAGCUACUCCAAUUGUUGAAGAGCUAUGCACAUCUCCAGUCAAAAGUCCAAAGAAUGCCAUCAUGAUAUCUUUCCUGAAACAUGCUCUUCACUUUUUUGAAUGUUUCUAUGAUCCAUUUCUUGUCUGGAGAAAAAGACUUCAAAAUUGGAAUGUAGAUAAAAGCCAUUUAAACUUCAAACCAGCAACUCUUCAUGUCGAAGUCAUACCAUUUUUUCAUGGUUCGUAUUCCUGUUCCGAUGAUUUACUAGUUGUCAAAUGUUACAAAGUUUUUAUUUCUUUACAGAGUGUUUCCAGAAAACAAUUUACCAGAACAAAUGCUAAAUCAACAAAGAGCAGCAAAAUGUUUGGUGGUGUAAUGUCUGGUGACCAGCAAAAUGCCUUGCGUUCAAUCACUCCUGCAACCCUUGAUGUGUUGUUGUGCUGUGUAUCCCUCAUCAGUCAACAGAAAACGCCCAGUGAGAAACAUCAGCAAGUGCUUAUUCUUCAGAAACUGGUUCUCAAGUGUAUUGUGCGAAUGGUGCAUGUUAUUCAUUGUUCCUGUCCAGACCAAAGACAAGUGGAAGUAAGCCAAGUAAUGGAAGGUUACCUGAAUGUUUUGCAAUCAUUAAAAAUGGACCAAGAACUUCCUGAAAAUGAGGCAUCUUCUCUCCAGGUCUCGAUGAUUCAGACCGUAAAGGAGAUGCUUUCUUGUCGGGAUAAGAAAGCCCUUCAGGUCAUUUUUGUUUCCGGAGGGAUGUUUGAUACGUUCAUCUCACUUCUCAAUAAUGCAACUUUGUCUGCACAGAAAGCUCAGAAUCUUGCCAUGACCGUAUUGGAAGUGAUGAAUACAGUUUUAUAUGGAUCAUUAAAUGCAAAGGAUAGAUUUCAGAGAAUGAUUGGAGUCAUUUUAAACGCACUCAAGAAAGAAAAACAGUUAAAUAGCAAAGCUGUCAGUAACUUGAUUCAUCUUGUGGAAAUACUUGGUACACUCUCAAUACAAUCCUCAGAGUUGAAACAGUUGAUUGGAUUGUUCCGUGUCGAUGAAGAUGAUAAGAUGACUCCUUAUUGCAAUCGAUUGAUGAAAGCAAUGUCUACAAUGGCACGUCGUGAUGGCAAAGACGAAUCUUUGCAUUUCUUUUGCAUCCAGGAACCAGGAGCUGUAUGUAAAAUUAGUUCUAUUACUUUUUAA